GAUGGCAAAGCGGAAAGAGGAAGCAGAGAAAAAACUAUUUUGCUUUUGGUUAAACAUUUAAAUUUAUUAUAAUUUAAACGAAUAAUGGAUAAUAGACAGACGGCUGUCGAGGCGUUCAACUGCGGAGCGGAUUACUCAGAUAUUUGGCUGUCCAGAGCCUUAGCCUAGAACUAGGAGGGCAAAGCCGAAGUAUAUACAAACAAAUUGCAAUUGCCGCUUACAAAAACACACAUCAAAAGGCAUUUGUAGGAGUUUUUGUAGCGUCAAAGUCCAAGGAGGAGGUUUCUGGAUACCACACAGCCCUGCCCCUAUAAAACCAAACUUAUAUGGUUGCUGGAAUCCUGUAGCAUAAAUAAUAUAAGCUACUUACCAUGAACGCUGCUGGAGGAGGCAAUGGACCCCAGGCGGCAGCGGUGGCAGGAGGCAACAGCGGUCUUAGCAGUAAUGCGCUCCUGGCCACGGCUUCCGCAGCAACCACGAUGCCAAUGGCCCAGCUGGCGGACGGCUGGCUGGAGCUAGAGUCCGACCCUGGUCUCUUCACCCUGCUACUCAAGGAUUUCGGCUGUCAUGAUGUCCAGGUGGAGGAGGUGUACGACCUACAGAAACCCAUCGAGAGCCCCUAUGGUUUCAUUUUCCUCUUUCGCUGGAUCGAAGAGCGGCGUGCCAGGCGCAAAAUCGUGGAGACAACGGCGGAGAUAUUCGUUAAGGAUGAGGAGGCCAUUUCCAGCAUUUUCUUUGCCCAGCAGGUGGUACCUAAUAGCUGUGCCACCCACGCCCUGCUCUCCGUUCUACUGAACUGCAACGAGAACAACCUGCAGCUGGGCGACACACUCAGUCGGCUGAAAGCCCACACCAAGGGCAUGAGUCCGGAGAACAAGGGACUGGCCAUUGGCAACACACCGGAACUGGCUUGUGCCCACAACUCGCACGCAAUGCCGCAGGCUCGGCGCCGACUAGAGCGGACAGGAGCUGGUGUCUCCAGCUGCCGCUUCACCGGAGAGGCGUUUCACUUCGUCAGCUUUGUGCCCAUCAACGGGCAGCUGUUUGAGCUGGAUGGUCUGAAACCGUAUCCCAUGAAUCACGGGGGAUGGGAGGAUAGCGAAGACUGGACGGACAAGUUCCGGCGCGUAAUGGCAGAGAGACUGGGAAUAGCCACUGGGGAACAGGAUAUACGCUUCAACCUCAUGGCCGUGGUGCCGGACAGGCGGAUUGCCAUUACCCAUAAGCUCAAGAUGCUGCGCACCAACCAGGCCAUCGUGUCCGGGACCCUCCAGAAACUACUGAAGGCCGACGAGCAGGGCGAAUCGGGGAACGGAGACUCACAACGUCCGGAUACUCCCACCACUUUGCUGGAGCCGAGCGCCUUUACCGCGCGGGAUCUGCAGUCGCUGCUCAAAAACCUGGACACUGAGAUAGCCAUUAAUGAACAGCACCUGGCCGACGAGAAUGAUCGGAGACACAUGUUCAAGGUGGACGCCAGUCGACGCACUCACAACUACGACAAGUUCAUCUGCACCUUCCUCUCAAUGCUGGCGCAUCAGGGUGUUCUGGGCGAGCUGGUCAGCCAGCAUCUGUUGCCGUCGAAGAAGAUCAGUGGUCAAGGCGCUGCCAAUCGGAUCAGCAAGCAGAACAGCACUUCGAAUGCGGGCGGGAGCACCGCAGGAGCCGGUGGAACCACGCCCAAAACUCAGCAACAGGCGACGGCGACUAAAAAUGGCAAGUCGCCCAGUAAAACGCCGGGCAGGAGGCGGAAGGGACGCAACAAGUGCAGAAAGCGGAAGUAGACUACCAAGAAGUUGUACAUGUUUUUAAGAAUACAGUUUGCAUUUCUAAGACUACUGAUUCCAGUAUUGUUUUACUGCAAUUUCCCCACCAGUAACUAACUUACUUAUAAGUUUGGAUAAGUUUAGCUUUAGUGCCAUCCCAGGACAUUCGCCGCUUCUUCAAAUACGAACUCAUCUUGGCAGCUUCUUCAUUUUUAUUUGAUCGCAAUUCGACCUUUUUAAUAAUAAAAAACCACUUUGUUCGUAUGAAUAAAUGUUCUCGCGGUCCUUGACACACCAAGGACCCAAAA